AGUCACUCUUGCUGCAGAACAGCAUCUCUUUCCCUCGAGUAUUGUCAGGAUUAGAGUCAAGAGUCAAGCAAAAAUGCCUGCAGAUUACAAUGGCACCUGGGUGAUGAUCGAAAAUAAGAAUUUUGAAGGCUUAAUGAAAAGCUUAGAUAUAGACUUUGCUACCAGGAAGAUUGCUAUACACCUGACACAGACAAAGGAAAUCAAGCAGGAAGGAGACAAGUUUUACACUAAAACCCUGAGCACCUUCAGAAAUUAUUUGGUAGAUUACACUAUCGGUGAAGAAUUUGAGGAGAUCACAAAGGGUCUGGAUAAUAGAACAGUCAAGACCCUGGUACAAUGGGAUGGUGAUAAACUGGUCUGCGUUCAGAAGGGUGAGAAGGCCAACAGAGGCUGGAAGCAUUGGAUUGAAGGGGAUAAACUUCAUUUGGAAUUAACAUGUGAAGACCAAGUGUGCCAUCAGGUUUUUCAGAAGCAAUGAAUAUAAAGCUACUCAACACAGAUCAUUGACAAAGUCUUUUAUCAACAUAAAUGUCUACUUUUUGUAUGAAGCUUGUAUCUACUCAGUGCCAUUGCAUGUGUGCUGUGCUUUAAUAAUAAAGAGAAUUUAUCUGC